UAACGGAACAAGUUGAAGUUGAAGUUGAAGUCUAAGCCCGGCCGCCCUUACGUUCCCUAUCCAUAUUUCUUUCUGCCUAUAAAAUACCGGUUGGUCAGAGUCUGAGUCAAUUGCUCAUUCUCAUUUUUUUUUAUUGGCCUUUUUUUCCUCUUUUCACCAAUCACCGGUAUUCAAAUACUAGUACAAAUACAACUGCAGCAAUUUGUCAAUAACUUAUUUGCUGCUUCACUGUACUUUGUGGAGAGGAGAGGAGAGAAGCCAGUUUCAAUCGUCCCUUAAGAGAAACUGUUACGAAAAAGACAUUGGGUCUUCCCAAAUCUUGGCUUUGCAUUGAUGGCGGAUCUCAAGUCAGCAUUUCUCAAUGUGUAUUCCCAGCUCAAAUCGGAGCUCCUUCAGGAUCCUUCUUUCGAGUUUACUGAUGAUUCUCGUCAAUGGGUUGAACGGAUGCUGGACUACAAUGUGCCUGGAGGGAAACUGAAUCGAGGACUUUCUGUGAUUGAUAGCUACCGCCUGUUGAAAGAUGGAAAGAAAUUGACCCAAGAUGAGAUUUUUCUUACAAGUGCGCUCGGUUGGUGUAUUGAAUGGCUUCAGGCAUAUUUUCUUGUUCUUGAUGACAUCAUGGACAGCUCUCACACCCGGCGUGGCCAGCCUUGUUGGUUUAGAUUGCCGAAGGUUGGUAUGAUUGCUGUAAAUGAUGGUGUUAUACUUCGCAAUCACAUCACCAGGAUUCUCAAAAAUCACUUUCGUGGGAAACCUUACUAUGUGGAUCUGCUAGAUUUAUUUAAUGAGGUGGAGUUUCAAACAGCUUCAGGACAGAUGAUAGAUCUGAUUACAACACUUGAAGGAGAAAAGGAUCUAUCCAAAUACUCAUUGCAACAGCACCGUCGCAUUGUUCAGUACAAGACUGCCUAUUAUUCAUUUUAUCUUCCUGUUGCGUGUGCACUGGUUAUGGCUGGUGAAAAUCUUGACAACCACAUCGAUGUAAAGAACAUUCUUGUUGACAUGGGAAUCUACUUUCAAGUACAGGAUGACUAUUUGGAUUGCUUUGGCAAUCCUGAGACCAUUGGUAAGAUUGGAACCGAUAUUGAAGAUUUUAAGUGCUCUUGGUUGGUGGUUAAAGCUUUGGAAAUCUGUAAUGAGGAGCAGAAGAAAGUGUUAUAUGAGAACUAUGGGAAACCAGACCCUGCCAAUGUUGCUAAAGUGAAGGCUCUAUACAAUGAGCUUAAUCUCAAGGGCGUAUUUGAGGACUACGAAAGCAAGAGCUAUGAGAGGCUCGUAACCUCAAUUGAAGCUCAUCCUAGCAAACCAGUGCAAGCUGUGUUGAAGUCAUUCUUAGGGAAGAUCUACAAGAGGCAGAAAUAGAAUCCAGUUUCCAAAGAUGAAUAACUUCCAGAAAAUGCUAAAUAAUGCCUUGUGGAUUCUGAGGCUGCAAGUAUCAUAGAAGGCAUUCAGGAACAAAUUGUUAUACUCUCAAAGGAUCAUUCAACUAUUGAGCUCCCUUCGUAAUUAGCUUAAUCAGAACGUUUUGAUAUUGUGUGGAAGGAUUCAUCGAAUUGUUCAAAGUUAUCAUCUCUUUUCAGGUCAUUUGGUUCAGGACUGCGGUAUGAAAAGACUGGUAGCUCGUAAACGAAUCCCCACUCUAUUAGACGGCUUCUCAAGUAUCCCUGAUCUUCUCAUUUCAGUUGAACUUGUUAUAUAAUAUAGACAAUGUUCUCA